GAAGAAAAGCCGAAAGGAAGACGGCUCUCCACUUUCAAUGAGUUAAAAGCGCAUGGGUCCGUAGCAUAGAGCUUCUGGUCACAUGCCGAAGAAAAGUCUAGUUUGACGUUUGACGACGUUUUUUUGCAUCUUUUCGCUACACACUUCGCUCUCUUGUUGAAUUUCUAUAGGCAAGGUCAUAAGCUAUAUGAAAAAAAACCUUUAUAUAAUCCGGAAACAUUGGCGUGUCUCUUAUCUGGGAACUAGAUACAGUAGCAGCCAUCAAUCUAGCUAGCUGGCGGCUGGCUAAAAAGUACAGUUGCCUUGAAGUUGCUCUUCUGAUGUGUAUUUGGCGGAUUGCAUGUACUUGUAUGAAUCUCGUGGACAACUCUGGGGCGAAGAGGAGAGACUUGGAUAACAAAAAACAAGUGUGGAGUCGAGGAUAGUAUAUUUUGCCGACUAAACAGAAUUUGCUGUAGGUGUGCUUGAGCGCUGUGGAGAUAACGGAGAAAUUCAGCCUGCGCGCAACAUUGCUCGCCACAUAUGAUGGCAAACGAGCCGAUCAUAUUGAACGUUUAUGACAUGUACUGGAUCAACGAGUUCACCACCUCGCUGGGCAUCGGAGUCUUCCACUCGGGGGUCGAGGUCUACGGCAGAGAGUUUGCGUAUGGAGGACACCCGUACCCAUUUUCCGGCGUGUUCGAGAUCUCGCCCGGCGAAGCCAUGGAGCUCGGGGAAACUUUCAAAUUCAAAGAGUCCAUUGUCCUGGGCAGCACAGAUUUCUUGGAGGAGGAUGUGGAGCGUAUUGUAGAGGAGAUGGGGAAACAGUACAAGGGGAACGCCUACCACCUCAUGCACAAAAACUGCAACCACUUCUCCUCUGCACUUUCCGAGAUCCUGUGUGGGAGGCCGAUCCCGCGCUGGGUGAACCGCCUGGCCUACGUCAGCUCCUGCAUCCCCUUCCUCCAGAGCUGCCUGCCCAAGGAGUGGCUCACCCCGGCUGCCCUGCAGUCCAGCGUCAGCCAGGGGCUCCAGGGCGAGCUGGGGCAGGCCGAGGACGAGGCCGCUUCCGCCCCCCUGCCCCGCUCGUCCGUCGCCCCCCUGCCCCGGUCGUCCGUGUCCCCCCUGCCCCCUCGCGACCGCUACCAGCCUCGACGAUAGGCCCUGCCCCCUCCCCCCUCCUCACAUCACCCGUGGCAACUGCACAUGCCCCCUCCCCGCCCCUCCACGUUAACUGGGACCACGUUCCUCAGCUAUGCUCUUGGAACACAGCCUCCCCCCACCUCCACUGUGAUUGGCCAAACGGUUCGGCCAAUGGGCUGCCACGUUCCAAGAGUGGACAAUUAGGCCCUUCCGCGAUUGACUGAAAGCGCAGUCUGCCAGAAGACUGAGCAUUAGGGCCGAGGGCUUGGAGGACAGAGAAUGAACAUUCCUCCUGUUUUUUUUUUUUUUUUUACCAGGGAAAUCUCCAACUGCUAUUUGCAUUUAUUUUAUAUUCUUGGAGUUCUCCUAGAGACGAGGCCUGAUUAUGAUUGCCGUUAUUUUGUCUUAAAAAAGUGUUUCUGUUGUUUUUAUGCUGACCUUCUUCUGUUUGUGUUUAACGUGUUGGCCACUCUCUAGGCUUUUUAGAACCUGAAGAAUCUAUUUUUAAACCUUUUUAAAUUAAGGCAAGCUAUUGUUUACACCCUGUGUGUCUGUGUGCGUGCGUGUGUGCGUGCAUGUGUGCGUGCGUGUGUGUGCGUGUGUGUGUGUGUGUAUAUCUGAGUCCAUUUCCCUUAGGAAAAAGCAACAUAUGUUGAAAUAUAAAAUCUGAAAUUUGAAAAAGAACAUUUUUAUGUGUCAAAAUGUACUGUAUGUAUUAAAAAACAUAACAUUUACUUGUUUUUGCCAGAUGGAAUUUUAUUAUUGUUUUAAAAUACAAUAUAUUUUGCAAAAAUACAUAGAACUGCAUGCAUCAUGUGGCUUUUUGUUUUAGAAUAUAUAUAGUAAAUUUUGCCAUGUUAAGGCACAUCAUCCAUAAACUUCAAUUUUACAUUUGGCAAUAAAUGACAAAUAAUUUCUUUCUAAAGGGGUACCAAGGUUGUUGUGCCAGCUCUGUAUUGUUUUUGGACUGUUCACCUGACCAGGUUUUUACUCCACUGGGAUACAACUAUGGUUUGUUUCAUAGAACAAUUAAAUGAAACACAUGACAUGCAA